CAAAAUCAAGACGAUAUGGAUAAGUUGGUGGUCGACAAUUGCAGCGAGGUUACCGGGACGCACGGACAAUGAGAUAAAAAAUGUGUGGCACACCCGCCUGAAGAAGAGGCUCCCACAAAACCAAGAAAACCUCCCUACGAAUCGGAACCCUAAACAGAAAAAACAAAACCCCGUGAGUUCUUCCGCCAAUGAUGAUGACGAUGACGAUCACGCAGUGACCAUCAAAACCCAGAUCAAACAGCACUGUGCCCCGCUGUCUCCCCGGCAAUGUUCUAUCAGUAUCAGUGACGCCUCCACCCUCACUACCAGUGACAAUGUCGAACGUAAACUAAUGACGUGUCCACAAAUGAUAUUGAAACGCCAACUUUGGAGACUUUGGACGAGGACUUCUGGUCGGAAGUCCUAUCGGCUGAUAAUUCCGGUGAAAACAGCGAACUUGCGGGAGUGGGUGAUUAUGCUGCUGACCCGCAUUUCCAAUUCCAUUCUCUCCGCUCACGGGUGA